AUGCAGUUAUACAAUGUCUUUGGCUUCCCCAUCGUGCGCGAUCAGCUCAUCGCCAACACGGUCCUCGUCGCAAUCGCAACACUACUCGUGAUAUUGCGUGGUGUCUCCCGUCGACUCCGAAAAACCGGUGCAGGAUGGGAUGAUGCAUUCUGCGUUGCAGGGCUUUUCCACACAUAUGGCAUGCUCGCAAUGCACUACCACUACGCUCGGGUGGGGAUGCGAUACCACAUCACGGAGAUUCCCGCGGAGAAUGCCGUAGUGAUCGCUAAGAUGCUCAUGGUCUACCAGAUCAUCUACUACAAUGCCAUGGUCCUGGCGAAAUUCUCCUAUCUAGCCUUCUACCUGCGCAUCUUUGUGUCCAGGGAAUUCCGCAUCCUGACGUGGACCUGUAUAGGCUUUUCGGCCGCAUACUGGGUUGGGAGUAUGCUGCAGGUUUUCUUGAUCUGCACACCCUUCGCGAGGAACUGGAAUCCUACUCUGCCGGGCCACUGCGCGAAUCAGAACGUGGCAUUUUCGACGAUUGGAGCCUUUAACCUGAUCACCGAUAUGAUCAUCGUGGCGUUGCCAGUUCGCUUUGUCUGGAACCUGAAUAUGUCGGUUGCGACUAAGAUGGGGUUGGUUGGGAUCUUUGGAUUGGGUGCCUUGUUCGCCGUCGCAAAGCAAAGUUCUAACGAGUAUCAUAGUAUUUCCUCCAUCACCAUCAUCCGUAUCCGUGUCCUCACCACGGUUGAUUUCACCGAUCUGUCUUACUCGAUGAUCUGGGCUGCCUUCUGGAGUGUCACGGAGCCUGCUCUUGCCAUUGGAAAUUCUUGCGCACCCAUGCUCCGACCAAUUCUCAAGGCUGCUUUCCCGUCCUUGUUCGGCAGUCAUGAUGGAUACUCGUCGCAACCGUUCACAGGAGGGCCCACCAGCCAGAGCAAAAACAGUACGGUAAAACGGGGGCAUGGCAUGGAUGAGGAGGAUAGCGAAUUUCCCCUCACGCGACUGGAUCAAAUACCAGGGUCGGCGGAUGGAUUGUCGUUGAAUGAUCAGUCGCAAGAUGGGCGCUCACACUAUGCGUCAUAUCAAGUCUCUACGACUAUUGUUGGGCCAGCUAAAGGGUUGUAA